CAUUUAAAAUGACAUGUGCAGUAAGUCAAAGUCUUCUUGCGCUAGGAAAUUAAAAAUUAUAGAGAGAAAAAUACAAAAAUCACUGAACCUGAACACCUACAGAGAAGUUUUGUUAGCAGUUGGUCUAUUUCCUUUGAAUCACACAGAGAUCAUAUCUCGUGGGUAAAGAACAUUCCAUACUGUCAACAGACCAUACUGUCUUCUAAAAUCGCUUCAGCAGUGAGGAUCCUCCCGAAUAGAUCUUGUUAGUCUUGAGGAAUUACUCUCCCAGCGGUGAGCUCUGAGAAGUGGAAUCACCAGAUUUCUGACAACUGCCGCCUCCUUGUGUGGCUGGGAUGCUGACCUGGGUGUUGGGCCGGUCGCGCCGGAACCCAGCACCCAUGCUGAGUCUUUCUGAGCUCCACUCUUCUCCUGUAAGAGAUUAAUAACUGAGGUAGCCGUCCAGAUCCAAGGCGGUAGUGAUUUUGUGUGUCUGCGUAUUUAUCACGGAGUUCGCGGCGGGAACGCGGGGACUGUCCUACGUCCCCAGACCUCUAGUAGGGUGCGGCGCGAUGAACAUCUUCCAUAAACCUUAACCUCCCGGCGCUCAGUCACUGGUUCUUAUUUCAGCCCUCUUAGCCACGUAGGUCGGCGGGUUAAAAACCUUUCUGGUACCUGGAGGCCCUUCCUAAGAAAACGCACAUUUCUUGCACAUUUAAGUCUCCGUUUGGUCUGCAACUUAAGAUGCGCCAGGACCCGAGGUUCAUCCGAGCUGCCGCUCCGUUCCCGACCCGGGGACUUUCCAGAACGCUCGCUUCACCUCCCGGCACAGGGGACGGCCUCGGGAGGAGUGGGAUUCCGGGUGCCCCGCGCAGGCCAAGGACUGCCAGGCUUGGGAGGCCCUGCCCGCCGCCCUGCGUCCUCCAGGCCACCGCCACUCUACGCACCGCCAGCUUCGGCAGGACCCGGCGGGGCCCAAAGCCCCACGCCCCCGGCCCGCCCCUGGCCGCGGCUUGUUUACUCCCCGACGCAGCCUAGUCCGACCCCGGGGCCCGCCCCCUCCCACCGCCUAUUGGCCGAGGAUGCGCGAAGGCAGGCAACGAUUGGUCCGGGGAGAAGCGGGGCGAGCGGGGUAGGCUGCGCGAGAGGCCGAGAGGGGGCGGCAGGCGAUGGCGGCGGCGGCAGCGGCGGCGGGUCGGUUAGGCUGGUUAUUCGCCGCGCUUUGCCUGGGUAACGCCGCGGGGGAGGCCGCGCUGGGCCCGCGAGUGCUGGGCUUCUGUCUGGAGGAGGACGGAGCGGCGGGCGUGGGGUGGGUACGCGAAGGGGCGACGCGGGACACGCCGGACGCCACCUUCCUCCUGCGCCUCUUUGGCCCGGGCUUUGCCAACAGCUCCUGGUCCUGGGUGGCCCCCAAGGGGGCGGGCUGCCCGGAGGAGGCGGCGGCCCCGGCGGGCGAGUGGCUCGCGCUGCUGCGCCUGCGCCUGCGGGCAGAGGCAGUGCGCCCGCACUCCGCGCUCCUGGCGGUGCGCGUGGAGCCGGGCGGCGGGGCGGCUGAGGAGGCGGCGCCGCCCUGGGCUCUGGGCCUGGGGGCGGCCGGGCUCCUGGCGUUGGCGGCGCUGGCGCGGGGCCUGCAGCUGAGCGCGCUGGCGCUGGCGCCGGCCGAGGUGCAGGUGCUGCGCGAGAGCGGCUCGGAGGCAGAGCGUGCGGCUGCGCGGCGCUUGGAGCCCGUGCGGCGCUGGGCUGGCUGCAUCUUGGGCGCGCUGCUGCUGUUGGCCAGCCUGGCGCAGGCGGCGCUGGCGGUGCUCCUGUACCGCGCGGCCGGCCAGCGUGCGGUGCCCGCCGUGCUGGGCAGCGCAGGGCUUGUGUUCCUGGUGGGCGAGGUGGUGCCGGCCGCCGUGAGCGGACGCUGGGCGCUGGCGCUGGCGCCGCGCGCGCUUGGCCUCAGCCGCCUGGCCGUGCUGCUCACCCUGCCCGUGGCGCUGCCUGUGGGGCAGUUGCUAGAGCUGGCGGCGCGGCCCGGGCGGCUACGGGAGCGGGUGCUGGAGCUGGCGCGCGGCGGCGGCGACCCGUACAGCGAUCUCAGCAAGGGCGUGCUGCGCUGCCGGACCGUGGAGGACGUGCUCACACCCCUCGAAGACUGCUUCAUGCUGGACGCCAGCACUGUGCUGGAUUUCGGCGUCUUGGCCAGCAUCAUGCAGAGCGGCCACACGCGCAUCCCCGUGUACGAGGAGGAGCGCUCCAACAUCGUGGACAUGCUCUACCUCAAGGACUUGGCCUUCGUGGAUCCUGAAGACUGUACACCGCUCAGCACUAUAACUCGCUUCUACAACCAUCCCCUCCACUUCGUCUUCAACGACACCAAGCUGGACGCUGUCCUGGAGGAGUUCAAGCGAGGGAAGUCCCAUCUGGCCAUUGUGCAGAAGGUGAACAACGAGGGUGAGGGCGACCCCUUCUACGAGGUCCUGGGCCUAGUCACCCUGGAGGAUGUGAUUGAGGAGAUCAUCAGGUCCGAGAUCCUGGACGAGUCAGAAGACUACCGAGACACCGUGGUAAAGAGGAAGCCUGCUUCUCUGAUAGCCCCUCUGAAGCGGAAGGAGGAGUUCUCCUUGUUCAAGGUGUCUGAUGAUGAAUAUAAAGUAAAAAUCUCGCCUCAGCUGCUCUUGGCCACCCAGCGCUUCCUGUCCCGAGAAGUGGAUGUAUUCAGCCCACUGCGCAUCUCUGAGAAGAUCCUGCUGCACCUGCUGAAGCAUCCCAGCGUCAACCAGGAAGUGAGGUUUGACGAGAGCAACCGCCUGGCCACACACCACUACCUGUACCAGCGCAGCCAACCGGUGGAUUACUUCAUUCUUAUCCUACAGGGCAGGGUUGAAGUGGAGAUCGGGAAAGAGGGCCUGAAGUUUGAGAAUGGGGCCUUCACGUACUAUGGAGUGUCGGCCCUGACCGUGCCAUCCUCGGUUCACCAGUCCCCGGUGUCCUCGCUCCAGCCCAUCCGCCAUGACCUGCAGCCCGAGCCAGACAGCACGCGUUCAUCUGCAUAUUGUCCCGACUACACCGUCAGGGCGCUCUCUGACCUGCAGCUCAUCAAGGUUACGCGACUGCAGUACCUCAACGCACUCCUGGCUACCCGAGCCCAGAACCUGCCACAUUCCCCUGAGAACACUGACCUGCAGGUCAUCCCAGGCAGCCAGACCAGGCUUCUUGGUGAGAAGACGGCCAUAGCGGCAGGGUCCAACCACAGCAGGCCUGGCAUCCCAGUGGAAGGCAGCCCUGGGCGGAACCCAGGUGUUUAACUGCUUGCUAGGCAGCCCCAGAUCUGGGGAACAAGAUGAGCACGUGGGGAGCUGGAGUGAGCCGAGCAGAAGCUUCAUGCCUGCCUGCCCCCAUGCCCUCCAGGCCACGUUUUAGAUGGCCCUUGUAGAUGUGGGUCCUGGGUGUCCUCAGAACUUGACAUCAAUGCCUGGAUCCUUCAGCCGGCCCUGCCCUACUUUAGAAGAUGGGGGUCACCAGGGCACAGCUUUCCAGCCCUGCGUCAGGAAGGAACGAAAGGAGCACCAUCUGUAGUCCCCAGGGCCCUGGCUUCCCCGUCUCCCCAGAGACUGGGACAGUGCAGCAUAUUCAGACCUCUUUGGGCCAAGAGACCUUGUGAGUGCAGUUACUGCCUUACGUGGCCGUGACCUGUACUCGCUUUGCUUUUAAUUUGCCAGCCUACCACUGCUGGCAGCACUUUUUGAGCAAACCUAGAGCACCCGUUUUGGUGUUGGGGGUUCAAAUCCAUGACCUUGUCCAUGGUGUCCUUUCCAGCUUCCCUGAUGGUGCCACGUUUCAGAGCAUGCGCCUCAGCCUUUCCAUGUGCCAAACCAGAAGCUGCUGCCUGUAGGCUGUCCCUGUAGCUCUUCUCCCUCCCUGGAGGCUGCUCUUCUGACCCUGAGAGCUGGCCUAGUGGUGCCAAGGGCCCCUUUCUGCUUCUCUGUCCACCUGCGGAGUUGCCACUCACAGCAUUGUCAGUUCCUGUGUUCUGAGAAGAGGUCACACCUGGGAGGAAGGGAUCCUCAUGCUGCAUCGAAUCAUCUCUCCACUGUGUGGCCCUGGGGAGAGUGGCUACCUGUUGCACCUGCUACACACCUCCCCACAGCCUCCCUGCAGGUGCUGUACGGCUGUGAUGUGCAGAGAGCAUCUAGGGAGGGUUUAUGAACCAGGUAGAUCCUCAUGACCUUUCUUUAAAAAAAAAAAAUCAGUUUUUGUUAUAUCUAGAACAUUCCGAGUCUUCCUUUUUUUCUCUUCCUAGCUUUGGGGUUUUAGAGAAGUGGUAACAGGAAGGCAUUUAUCUUUCUUCUAAUUUACUAUAUUUUCCUUUCGUAGUUCUUGAGCUGUGUGGAAACCAGGGCAUUACAAGAACAUAGGAUCAUAGAUUGGGGGUAGGGAGAGAGGAGGAUUUGUGGAACUUUUCUCAAAGGAAUUCGGACCCUUACAAAUGGGACUGAAGGCCAAAAGAACAGCGGUAUGCUUGCUUAGAAAUUGUCCUCAACGAAUCAACUCUAAGACCAAGCCCAGAUGGGAAACAGAUGCUUUAAA